UGUGGGUAAACAGUGCCACGAGCGUACGACAACACGACCCCCUUUAGAAUAAAUCAGCAAUAAACGCGUUUCAGCAGCGCAACGUUAAAAUGCGCGUUCGCGCUACACGCGCAGCGCAUGCGUGCGAAGCAAAGUGCAUCCCGUAUUGGGUUCUAAAAAUUGUGUCGUUUAUUUGAACGGCCCGUAAAAUGAAGCAAGGAGAAAGUGUUGAACAGCCUUCGACAACUCCCCUCCUUUCACCCGCUGCCUGCCCCCCUUCUUUCCCCCGCUCUGCUCUCUCCGCGGCGCUCGCUCCCUCCCCUCCCGCUCUGACUGUGAGAAUGCCCGUGUUGUACUGACAGAAACGAUACGGGCUUAGCAGACAUGGAGGCCCGAUCAACGAGAGAGGCCCGUUCCGACGCACCUGAGCUGUACUAACGCGGACCUAGAGAGACAUUUGGGAGACAUCGGAAUAUCACGGCAAUUUCGAGGAAUUAUCCAGGAGACCAUGCUGUUACGUACGAAGGGUGGAUUUUGAUCCCAAAUGAUGUGAGCGCCGUUCUGGACCGCUAUCAAGUUUGAAGGUGAGAGGGCUGGGCACUUAGGAAGCAACGAUAUUGUUUCAACACAGCUACAACAUCUGCUAUCCCCCUCUCCCCUUUCCCUCCGUUACAAUUCCAACCUGAUCUGCAUAGACUUACCAUACCUUUCUAUACCUGAGAACAUCCUCUCAAGCCCCCCUUGUUCCCAACAUCAUCAAUGGAUCAGAGGACGCAGGGGGGGUCCUCAACGCCACCCCCCCUUCCUGCCAAUGCCCCACCAGCGGAACGUAACAAGGAGGGAGUAGGAGGAAAGAGGGACGAUGAAGAGGAGAAAAAGAAACGAGAGAAACCAAGAGAUGGGGCGCAGGCUGAUCCUUGUGGACCUGAAAGUGGAACCGCUGACCCGCAACAGCAGCCCCCACAUUUCUCUGUCAAAGAAACCAGUUACUCUGAGGGCAACGUCAAACUCAAGAUAGGCCUGCAGGCCAAACGCAUGAAAAAGCCACCUAAGAUCCUAGAGAACUAUGUCUGUCGGCCAGCCUUCCGUGCCACUGUAAGGCAUAGUGGAGGUAGAGGCGGAGGGCGUGUUAGUCGUGGGGGUGGAGCCAGUGAUGGAAGCAGCCACACUGCUAGCCCAUCCCGUGGAAAGGAAGGAGAGAAAAGCCCCGCUGUGAGCCGAGGAGCACCUCUACCAUCUGGUGCACCUGCUACAUCCCCCUUACCUUCUCUUCCACCUCCUGUUUCCACCAGCCCAGUCACUCCUGUAAAUGGAAGUGUUCCAGCCAAAAAGGGUCCUCCAAAACUUGCCUGUAAGUCUGAAGGAAAGACUGAUGUAAAAUCUGUCACCUCUUCAGAGAGACCCCUUAACCUUCAUCGCCCAUUGAUGCAAAGCAAAUCGCACUCCUCUGGAAAGAAAAGCCACCUUCCACAAACCAACUCUGCCCCCGUCACAUCACCACCAACAACAUCCCCAACGGCUUCUGCAACGCAGGAACCCAAAACAGAUGGGAUCUUAAAAACUCAGUACAAUUAUGCUGAUGGACAGAAGGAGCAAGAAAGAGGAAUGCCAGCCUGGGGUGCCCCUACUGUCACUGAGAAACUUGCUCAGCUCAUUGCUACAUGCCCGCCUUCAAAGUGCCCUAAACCGAAAGCUCGGAAAGUGUCACCGGCUCCAACACAAAGUAGUUCGCCACCUUUGAUUUCUAAUCUUCAGCGCCCUGAACGGGCUAUGGCCAAUAGGAACACCUAUUCCAGGACAGUUCACCUUGCCCCGCCACCAGCUGUUUCACGCCCCCCAGGUCGACCAUAUGGGUCCAAAAACAGAGACAGUAUCCUAGAGAAAUUAUCUGGGACCUCUAAAAAAGGGGAAUCCGAUGGACUUUCAAAAGGGGUCACCAGUAGCAACAGCAGCAGCAGCACCACCACCACCACCACCACUAGUACUGCACUGUCUCAAAAUAGUCGAUUGACAACCACCACAAGUGAUAGCACUGACAACAGUACCAUCAAUGGAAUAAAGUCUCGUCUUGGGCAUUGCGCAUCUCAUUCUUCUUCAACUGCUUCUCUUUCUUCAACAACUUCCUCCUCCUCUUUGGAGAGGAUAGGAAACACGGGCUGUCUCGGUGGCUUGACAGGCUCCCUUGCUUCACGUCCUAGAGCAAGCCCCUCUCAAGCUGAAGAGUUUACUGAGAAAGAUAAAGAGCGUGACAGAGAUAAAAAUAUGGACAGUCCAAGAGAUUUAAGCAAGACCUCCACCCCUGCCAUGCCAGGGAAGCAGGAUGUUAAAGAAAGGUGUUCUCUCUCUGCUCCUCGUGGUGAGAGGGGUAAGAGUUCAAGCCCAGUCAAACGUAGUCCCAAUCAGGAAAGUCGCGUUAGUGGGGUGCCAAGUCCUGCUGAGUCCACCAAAUGCACUAUUUCACCUUCAAACACUUGUGGUGCCAGCACGAGUCCACCACCACCACUAUGUGAUGAUGCUGAUGAUGUAUCUCCUGCAUCACCAGCCGAACAGGAUUCUAAGCCCCUUAAAAAGCGACGAGGACGCCGACCCCGCUGGACUAAGGUGGUCAGUCGCACCCAGAGGCCACUACAAGAAGCUGCUUCUGACCAUCAAAAAUCCACCACACAUUUUUCUUCAGGGCUUGUCCCCUCAUCUCCCUUACGGCGACCUGUGGGACGGCCUCCCAAUGCAAAUCGAAUGCCCCCAGUAGUUUCACAACUUUUUGAAUCUUCACCCAAGAAAAGGGGACGACCUAAGUCUAAAAUGCCUCGUUUAGAUGCACCUUCACGUGGCCGUCCCACAAACAAACUGGCCCCAUCAAAAGUGUACUCAUUGCUUAAGUCUAAAGAGGAGCAGGAUCCCCCUGUUUUGCAUCCUGAAGUGGAUUUAAAUCCACCUAAACCCAUGCAAAGAAAACGAGGGAGACCCAAGCGUUUACCUCCAACCCUUCCACAAGAAACCCAACCACCAACACUUGCCCCUGAGUCAGGAGAUACUUCAGCAGGUGAUAAAACUUUUCAUAACAAAGGCAAUGGGCAGCUAAUAAUGAAGUCGAUCAUAGGCAAAAUCAAUAAAAUGAAGACCGUGAAACGGAAGAGGCUUCUUAGCCAAAUACUGCUUGGGUCAAGCUCAGGGACUACUGAGCAGGAUAGCUCCAAAAGCAGUGUAGUACCUGUGCCUGUGCCUACUACUACAACACAGUCUCUUUCAUCCCUUGCUGCUACGUUUGGUGGCAAAUUAGGACCUCAGAUUAAUGUUAGCAAAAAGGGAACAAUAUAUAUGGGUAAGAGGAGGGGUCGUAAACCAAAAGUGUCAGCUAAUCCCUUAACAAGUGGCCCUUCACCUCCUCCAGAAACUUUCUUGUCCCCAAACACUUCCUCCCCUCACCAUCUUCACCAGUCACAAGCCUUACAAAACCAACAACACCAGUUACAUUCAUCUGAGGUGUUCCCUUCCCCAUCACUUUCACAGUCAAGUGGGGGCCAGAGUCCUAUUAGUGAUGCUAGCUUUGUUGAGCCCAGUUCAGUGCACUUUUCUUCCCACACAAACUGCAGCCAUUCUCAUCAGGGCCACCAUUCAUUCACAUUUCCCCCACCUACUUUUUCAGCCCCCUCUGCUCGUACUAUAGCAAGCCCCACAUUAUCCACAGCACAUCCAUCUCAAAAGAAGGCAGCAUGUCGAGGUUAUCACCAUCAUCACCACCACUACCGACAGCACUUCCAUUAUCGAAAGUUUUCUCCUCCAAGGCCACUGUUGCCCACAUCCCCUGCUCCUCUGAGUGAGCUUAAAGAAGCCACACCCUCCCCCGUCAGUGAAUCACACAGUGAAGAGACAGUGCCCAGUGACAGCGGAAUUGGAACGGACAACAACAGCACCUCAGACCGUGGAGAAAAGGCUGGCAGUGCCAGUGGCUUAGCUGGUGUUGGAGUACCACAGGGUAUGGCAAGUGGGCUCUUAAUGCCUGGUGUCAUGGGUUCAGCCAUGGGAAUAGGAAUGGGACUUUCCUCCAGAGGCAGAAGGAGGCACUCCUCUUCAGUUCUUUUAGAUCGCCCUUCACCUACACCCUCCCCACUUGGAGCAAGAGCAUCACCUGACCCAAGAAGGCCACACCCAGCUACCCCCGCUUCUGCAAUGGCUGGACAUAAAGAGAAACACAAACAUAAGUGUAAGCGUCGUGGACAUGGCUGCCCUAGCUAUGACAAACUGAAAAGGCAAAAACGCAAACGUAAGAAGAAAUACCUGCAACUGCGUUCGCGACGACAAGACCCAGACUUUCUGGCUGAUUUAGAGGAGAUCUGUGUGCGGCUCAGUGAUAUUCGAAUUGCUCAUCGCACACCUGCACUUCGUUUAGGUAGCAGUUUGGGUCUGGGUGCAGGUGGAGGUGCAGGCCAAGGCCGUGGGUCUGGGUUAGGCAGUGCCAGAGCCAGUAGCACACUUGGGGGUGGAACAAAUCCCCCACCCCAUCACUAUUUGCAUAGAGACCUCUUGCCCACCAUUUUCAGAAUAAAUUUUAGUGGAUAUUAUUCACCUCACCCAGCAUACCCAUGUGAUUCACUUCAUUAUGUCCGUAAGCCUGACCUUAAAAAGAAAAGAGGGCGACCACCUAAGCUUAGAGAAUCUAUGUCAGAGGUACCUUUUGUACCUGGGUUAGGCUUUCCACUGUCAAGUGGUGGUUUCUAUCACCCCUCUUAUGGUGUCCCAUACUCUUCUGCUCCAUUGGGACUUGGCUACUAUCGUGGUUAUCCUCCAGCAAGUGCCCUUUACCCCCACCACCAGGCUCCACACUCUGCCCCAUCCCACCAUGUGCAUCCCCCUUCCUUUCCUCCACCUCCGCCCCCUUCUUAUGUCCAUCAUCAUCACCCAUCCCAUCUUCUUCUUAACCCCUCCAAAUUUCACAAGAAAAAACAUAAGCUGCUCAGGCAGGAGUAUUUAGGUGGGGGUCGUUCAUCAGUACUCUAUCCUGCCAUGUCGUCCGAGCUGUCAUUUGGCUGGCACCACAAACAUAAGCAUAGGCAUAAGCAUCGUGACCGCUGUGGAGAAGAGGAGGGUGAUGAUGGUGGUACUGUUGUUGGUAGUGGAGGAGGUAGAAGUGGAGGAAAUGAGGGCUUGGGGGCAGGAAGAGGGGAGCGAGGAAGUGUAGAGUCCCUUCAACGCUGUCGGUUUGGUAGAGAUGGUUCUGCUGAUUCCAGUGCUAACAAACAGACAGCAUCUGCUUCUGCCAACUCCCCUUCCUCUUCCUCCUCAUCUUCUGCAGAAAGGUACAAGCGAAAGGAGGCCUCUAUGUCUUGUCUUGGGCCUUCACGUCUGUCUUUGGCCAGUGGGACCCGGGGACAUCACCCUGUAGACUCCUGGUUUAGGAUGGGAAGUUCAGAUACUGAUUACUCCAAACUCUCUAGAAACCAGUCCCUUUCUGGUUCUGGUACGUUCUCUGAAGGACAUGCACAAAAUCCAGAGUGCUCAGAAAGCGAGGAGGAAGACCCCACUUCCCCUAUUGAGGAGGCAGAGACCAGCCACCACACCAACCUGUUUGCAUCUGCACUAAAUCGAAACUCCCUCAGGGGGAGUCAUGGAAAGAAAGGGGGAUCGUCAGAGAGUUCCAGCCUUUCACGAUUGGACCGGACUAUGAGAAGGGAUCGUUCCACAUCUGCAGAGAGGAGGGAGAUGGGAAAUGUAUCUGGCACACAAAACCGAAGCGGACAAUCAGGUGUCCCUGAGGGUGCCGAGUUUCCCCACCAUAGGCACCACCAUCACCACCAUCCUCCUCACUCUUCUUCUUGCCUUUCUCACUGCACUCUCGACCAGCCUGGUAGCGGGGGAGCUCUCCGCCCCUCCAGCUGCCAGGCUAGUCCCUCCCAGCCUUCAUGUUGCCUUGAUUCCUCUCCUUCCCACCACUCCCACAGGUUAGCCCCGCCCCCUCCAAAAAACAACCUGCAUCAUGUCAACAAGAUCCUCCGUGCUAAAAAGCUUCAGAGGCAGGCACGCACAGGAAACAACGUCGUGAAAAAACGGGGUCCAGGGCGUCCCCGUAAAUAUCCGUUGCCCUCGCCUCCCCCCUCACCACCGCCCCAAGCGACUGAACCAGAGAACCACCCGGUACACGACAGACACAGAGGUGGCAUGGCCUGGGAGGGGGACACUGUAGUCAACAUCAUUGAGUCAGUAGUGCAGAGUCAACGCAGAAAGGGACAAAAGCGAAAGCGAUGGGACAGGGAGUCCGAUGGAGGAGAGGAGGAAGAAGAGGAAGCAGAGGGGGAAAGAGAGGAGGAGGAAGAAGAGGAACAACGGCCAGCAGCUAGAGAAGAAGAAAUUACACCCAAACCUAGAACAGAAGGUCAGAGGGGAUGGUUGACACAGGAGGAAAUGCAUUGUUUUCGCAGUGCACUGGAGGGAAAACCAGAUGACCAAUCCACCCCAGAACGAACAGGUCCUACUUUACAGGAACAAGCCCCCAACACAUCAGUGACCAGCCAACGGGAAAAGAGACCAGCUAGACCACCAAAAAAGAAGUUUCAGAAGGCAGGACUGUACUCGGAUGUGUUCAAGACCGAUGAUCCUCGCAGUCAGCUGCUACAACUGAAGAAGGAGAAGUUGGAGUACACUCCAGGUGAACAUGAGUACGGUCUGCUUCCUGCUCCAAUUCAUGUUGGGAAAUACUUGAGACAGAAACGCAUCGAUUUCCAGCUGCCUUAUGACAUCUUGUGGCUUUGGAAACAUGAUCAGCUUUACAAGAGACCUGACGUUCCUCUGUACAAGAAGAUCAGAUCCAAUGUCUAUGUGGAUGUGAAGCCUCUUUCUGGUUAUGAAGCCACCACCUGUAACUGCAGAGCACCUGAAGACCACAUUGAGAAGGGCUGUCAGGAUGACUGUUUAAACAGGAUGAUAUUUGCCGAAUGUUCUCCGAGCACUUGUCCGUGUGGAGAACAGUGCGACAACCAGCACAUCCAGAAGCACGAGUGGGUGCAAUGCCUGGAGCGCUUCAGAGCCGAGGGCAAGGGUUGGGGCAUCCGAACCAAGGAGACCCUACGUGCCGGCCAGUUCAUCAUCGAAUACUUGGGAGAGGUGGUCAGCGAACAGGAGUUCAGGAGUCGCAUGAUGGAGCAGUACUUCUCUCACAGUGGCCACUACUGUCUGAAUUUGGAUAGCGGUAUGGUGAUCGACAGCUACCGCAUGGGCAACGAGGCUCGUUUUGUCAACCAUAGCUGCGAGCCCAACUGUGAGAUGCAGAAGUGGUCAGUGAAUGGAGUGUACCGUGUUGGUCUGUUUGCUCUGAAAGACAUCAGUAGUGGUACAGAACUGACUUAUGACUACAACUUCCACUCUUUCAACACAGAAGAACAGCAAGCCUGCAAGUGCGGCUCAGAGGGUUGCAGAGGCAUCAUUGGUGGCAAGAGCCAGCGAAUCAACGGGCUGCCUGGGAAAGGGGGUGGAGCUGGGGGCGGAGCCCGUAGGCUGGGAAGACUAAAAGAGAAACGCAAGUCCAAACACUCGCUGAAAAAACGGGAGGAAGAGUCCAGUGACAGCAGCAAGUUUUACCAGCACCUUUUAAUGAAGCCCAUGUCUAACAGAGAGAGGAACUUUGUGCUUAAACAUCGAGUGUUCCUGCUCCGAAACUGGGAGAAGAUGCGUGAGAAACAGGAGCUUCUGAAAAGAGAGGGAGAGCGAGACAGGGAAAAUAGCGGCCUGUCUCUUUACACACGCUGGGGAGGAGUCAUCCGUGAUGACGGCAACAUCAAAUCAGAUGUAUUUUUGACGCAGUUUUCAGCGCUGCAGACAUCGCGCUCCGUGCGCACACGCAGGCUCGCGGCAGCCGAGGAGAACACAGAAGUUACACGCACGGCGCGUCUGGCACACAUCUUCAAAGAGAUUUGUGACAUGAUCAUGAGCUACAAGGAUUCAACUGGUCAGACUCUUGCUGCUCCACUGCUUAACCUGCCUUCUAGAAAGAGGAACACGCAGUAUUAUGAGAAAGUCACUGAUCCGCUAGAUCUCAGUACUAUAGAGAAGCAGAUCCUCACCGGACACUACAAAACCGUAGAGGCCUUUGACGCAGACAUGCUCAAAGUGUUUCGCAAUGCAGAGAAAUAUUUUGGCCGGAAGUCGGCAACAGGUCGCGACGUGUGCCGGUUACGGAAGGCUUACUACGGUGCACGUCACGAGGCCGCCGUGCAGAUCGACGAGAUUGUGGGCGAGACUGCCAGCGAGGCCGACAGCUCCGAUUCUUUGGAGAGAGACCAAGCCCACCACGAAGGAAGCGGCAGUCAUGACAAAGACGAUGAUGUUAUCCGCUGCAUCUGUGGCAUGUACAAGGACGAGGGGCUCAUGAUCCAAUGCGAAAAGUGCAUGGUGUGGCAGCACUGUGAUUGUAUGCGUUUGGAGGCAGAGGUGGAGCAUUAUCUCUGUGAACAGUGUGACCCUCGCCCGGUGGACAGGGAGGUCCCGAUGGUGCCCCAGCCAAGCUACGCCCAAUCAGGAUCCAUCUAUUAUAUAUGCCUCCUCCGUGAUGACUUGCUGUUGCAUCAGGGUGACUGUGUGUAUCUCAUGAGAGACAGCAGACGAACACCAGAAGGCCAGCCGGUGCGGCAGUCGUACCGUCUCCUAUCUCACAUCAACAGAGACAAACUGGACAUCUUCCGUAUUGAGAAACUCUGGAAAAAUGAAAACGGUGAGAGGUUUGCCUUCGGUCAUCACUAUUUCCGUCCUCAUGAGACGCAUCACUCCCCUUCUCGCCGCUUCUAUCACAACGAGCUGUUCAGGGUGCCGCUCUAUGAGAUCAUACCGCUCGAGGCAGUGGUGGGGAUGUGCUGUGUGCUGGACCUGUAUACCUACUGCAAGGGUCGGCCGAAAGGUGUAAAGGAGCAGGAUGUUUACAUUUGUGACUACCGGCUGGAUAAAUCUGCACACCUGUUUUACAAGAUCCACCGUAACCGUUACCCAGUGUGCACCAAGCCCUACGCAUUCAACCACUUUCCCAAGAGACUCGCGCCUAAGAGAGACUUCUCACCUCAUUACGUGCCAGACAACUACAAGCGAAACGGCGGCCGCUCUGCCUGGAAAACCGAACGGCCAAAAGAUGCAUCCAACUGCGAUGAGGACCCCUCACCCAGCGCGUCAUGUGACCGCCUGUCCGUCGCCUUUUCAAGGGACGGAGACGAGGACAGAGACAGAGGAGGAGUGGAGGGAGACAUGGACACCAGACAGGAGGACACCAGCACCCCCAUCACGCAGCUGCCCGCCUCACAGGACGGAAGGGCCGGUGGGGAAACCGAAGAUCUGGAGGAAGAGGAAGACGGUGAGGAGAGGAGGGAGAUGGACGAGGGCUCCCAGGAGAGAGGAGGAGGGCGAGACAUGUUAGAUGCACCGUCCUCCUCUUCACUUUCGUCUUCACCUCUUCAUCCAUCCAUAUUGGGAAGAAGGGAAGCGCAGAGAGAUCGACUGAACAAGAUUCUGCUCGACUUGCUGCACCGAGCGCCAACCAAGAACGCGAUAGACGUCACGUAUCUUCUAGAGGAAGGCUCCGGACGUCGCCUUCGCAGACGGACGCUUGGAUUGAGCGAAUUUAUUUGCAGGAAGUAAUGCAGACGGCAUUUCUGCUAAGCACGCGUGCAGAACAGACGAAGAGGAUAAAGACGCGAAGGUGGGCAACACCUGAAAAGAGGGGAAACGGAAGAGGGAGGCGACAUCAAGGGCACAAAUUCUCUCCCGUUUAUAUUCAAGUCCUUCGGACCGGCCCUAGCCUCAUGCACUGAGGACACGCAUGUAAUUUGUCACCUUAAUGUGUACCGAAAGUACACUGAAAACACGCAAGUGUCAGACAUAGGAACAGUGAUGAAAUUGACAUUAACUUGUCGAAAGCUUGUCGACCCAACCAAAAGUUCCACUGAGGUCUACGUUUGUAAGGAAACGUCUGGUACUAUUUUCGGCCUUCGUGGGUCAGAUACAUUUCGGCUGCAAGUGGAAAAUGGGAGUCUGGCGCCCCCUUGUAAAGACUUGCGUGGAGGAAAUAGGAGCAGCGUAGGAGGUGCAGUGUGGCGCACACACACUGCCCGUAGACUGAGAAGAGAGUUAUGUCGACUAACUGCACUUUUAACAACACGGAAAUCUGCUCCAGGAGAUGUACGGAUAAGACACUAACACUUGCGCAGUAUUGAUCAAUGCUGUAUGAUAAAGCAAAACAAAUAAGUAUAUUACCUGCGUUUUUUGUUUUUACUGUAAUUACGUUAGGAAUGGAGCACGAUAGGGGCAUCCCUAUUUGUGAGCGGGAAUGUUACGCUUCUGUUAUCGUGGGCAUUGUGAUUGGUUAGAGUGGCUGCCAGCCCCGCCCUCUUUUUAAAAGUAUUUAAUUCACCAGCUCAAAGAAAAUCUAGCAGUGGAGGCACGCUGGCUUUAUAUAAUGCCUUAGAAUGCCAAUGGUCUUGAGCUCUUGUUUAUAUGGUAGUGUGUGAGAUUGUGUGUGUGUGUGUGUGUGUGCGUGCGUGCGCGCCCAUUCUGGUAAUAUAAAUACGAAAGAGGAAACAACUUAAGGGCUUGACAGCAGUUAAUAAACAGUUUAAGUCAUGAUCACAAGAACUUAUUGUAUCAUGUGAUGUCAUAUUGUUUGUGAGUGGCUUGUACGGGGUUGGGAAGGGGGGUUUGAUUUUAUUUUAUUUGUUUUGUUUUUUUAAGCCUUUCAGGUUGCCAUUGAGAAUGUUUAUAAAAUUGUAAUAAGAUUUUUGCCCUUAAUGCAUCAGCUAAGUAUUUCCACCUUCAAUGGACCCCUUAAAAAAAACAAACUGACAUUAAAAGAAAAUUAAUUUGUAUAGUGCCAAGCUAUGUAUAUAUACAGACGGGAAAAUGUGAGAGAUUUCUCCAUAAGCAAUAUCUUGAUAAUGGAUUUUGUGUAUUGUAUUGUACAGGAUUCAGCCCUAUAUGUAUUAUUAUUAUUAUUAUUAUUAUUGUUAUUAUUAUUAACAUUCUUAUGAUUAUUACACGAUUUGUAUUGACAGAACUGUCACGUAUAACUUUAGAAGCGGACGAGAAUGUGGCAGAUUAAUAAUUUCAAACGAAUUUCUGACUUUACCCAAACACAUGAAUUUUGCUCAUUUCAAAAGGGGAGGAUCGUCGUCUGAUGGACUUUGUCGAAAGGUGACCCCUGACCUGGCACCCGUCACUGUAAAAAUGAAUAUUAACAUUAUUAUAAUUAUUAUUAUUAUUAUUCCUUUGGAGGAGAAAAGGAUAUAAUGUUCCUCGUUUUUUUGCUGCAAAGUGUUGAACACUAAAAAAACAAACCAACAUAAAAAUGUAAAAUGAUAUUUUGGAACGUGACAGAAAAAAGAGGCUGUCAACCCGAUAUCAUGUUCUUAAUCUCCUUUUUAAUUAUUUUAAUUCUUUUAAAUGAGAAAAGAUUGUUCUUUCUUUGUGAUAGCGGUCAUACAUAUAAUGCUUGUAUUUCUUGUAUUUGUGUGUUUUUGUGUGAUUUGUUUAGUUAUUUUUAGACAAUCACAAAAUAAGAUGCAAGCAUUGUAUACGGACAGACUGGCAGGCAUUUUGUGAUGUUGUGUACAGUUUGUCAAAACUUCUUCCACUCUGGUUCAAAGUUUGUAAUUAUAAAGUCAUGAAAAUGCUGUUGGUUUUUACUUUUUUGUUUUAUAUUCUAUUUGUUUGUUUUUGUUUGUUUGUUUGUUUGUUUUUUAAUAAAAAGCACUACAUUAUUGUGAA